UAUUUUCAGUGCAUAGCCAUUGAGGACAUUAAUCCACAAGCCCCAGUUCAUUUCCUGGUUAUUCCAAAGAAAGAAAUAAGAAAGAUAACUGAUACUUCAGAUGAGGAUGAACAAGUAUGUUUACCAUUUUGUCUUUUUUCAGUACAUUUACCACUUGAUUUUUAUUUUUGCAGGUGCUGUGUUUAAAUAUAAAGGUACUGCUGUUGUUGUAAGUUAAAUUUACUGGAUGGGUCAAUUAUUUAAUACCCCUCAGAGGGCUGUUAUCCCAACCAGGAAUUUGGGUGGGUGUGUGCCAUGGGCACCCUGGAUCCCUUAGCCCAUUUGUAUACAAUGUAGGUUCAAACCUUUAAAAUGUUGACACCCAUGAGACCAGAGUAAUGGCAUUUGGGUUCCCUGUGAGGGUCUCUUGAACUAUCAAACUAUUGACCCUACCCCUAUUCUGCCCCCUUCAUAGCUUCAUCCCAGGCGGGGAGUACUCCUAGUAAUGGGCUAAUAGUUAUGUGUCACUGGAUGGUGUCGCAUUGUCAUGACUGGGUUGACUAUUAUGGGGUUGCAUUUUUAUACUAGAAUGGGGUUGCACAUUUUCAGGCUUUUGGGGGUCAGAAAAUUCAGGUAUGUAGGGAUUUAAAAAUAGAAAGAUUUACAUCACAUUAAGUUUAAAUAAAUGCUUCUGAGAUUGACUAAGUUAAAAGGCUUUUUAAGGUACAUGCAUAAACAGAAAGUGACUAAGUUGGGAUGGCAAAAAUUACUGAUUUCCCAAAGUCAGACUAAGAUGGGGUCUAUAAUGUGGCCAAAGAAUAGACUAUAUUGAGGUAAGGAUUCUGAGAGGCCAGCGGCACAUACCUAGCAAAUAUUAACCCAAGUACCCCCCUCCCCUCCCCAGGAGUUUCAUAGACAUAAUAGACCUCCCUACAGACAGCUCUGAUACUUGCACUCCGCCCAAAGAUUUGAGACUUUGUAAGGAAAAGUGGAAUAGCAGAUCAGGCUAGAAAUGGGGAGUUCUGGAUCCUAAUAAUCUGUCCUCUCUCUUUCAACUCCUUUUUGCACCCAGUCGUUUUGAGGGAGAAAUCUUUAUAAUGCAAAUGUUUCAGGGCUGUCAUUAAUUUUUAGAGCAGCCGUAGCAAAUGAAGAUUCACCCGUAACAUCUCCCCAAACCUUAAAGUGCCACCUUUAGCUUUUCACUUUGAUCACCCAUAAAAUCAAGUGAGCUCAGCAGUAACAGGUGUUAAGGGUUCAGCCCUUAAUGACAGCUUUGUGUACAUGUAUGACUAUGUUUUUUUUUCCAGCUUCUCGGUCACUGUAUGAUUGUUGCGAAGAAAGUAGCAGCCCAUAAGGGUAUUUACCAGGAAGGCUAUCGUGUGGUAAUCAAUAAUGGUCAACAUGGCUGUCAGUCUGUCUAUCGCAUCCAUUUACACGUUUUAGGAGGGCGGAAGCUCAAGUUCCCUCCAGGAUGA